AUGACAGAAAAGAAUCAAGGUUUAUCAAAUAUUCAAUAUAUCGAAACAACAUCAUUACCUGAUGAUAUACCAAAAGUUGAUGAAGUUGGUUCAAGUUCUGCACCUUUAAAAUCUGCUGCUUUCUUUAUUGGAAAUUAUUGUAAAGAUUAUAACGAUGAUUUUAUUUUAUGUAAAAAUGAAAAUAAUGAUCCAACACAUUGUUUAAAAGAAGGUAGAAAAGUUACUAGAUGUGCAAUUGAUUUACUUCGUAAAUUAAAAGAGAAUUGUGAUAAAGAAUUCGCAAACCAUUGGCAAUGCUUAGAAAAACAUAAUCAAGAAUAUUAUCCUUGUAGGUCAGAAGAAAGAAUUUUUAAUAAAUGUGUUUUUAAUACUUUGAAUUUGGAGAAAAUAAUUCCAGAUUCACCAAAAGGAAAACCACAAGUUCAUCUUAAAAAAAAUCCAAUAUAUAAAUAA